AUGGCUGAAUUGGUAAGACUCUAUUUUGAUAUGUCAUUUUGCCCACAGCUUGACUUGGAUGAAAACCCGGUCCUGAAAAUGCUAGUGCGGCGGCCUACGUCAACAAUAGUCGCUGCUACAGAUAUGACAGCCACAUUUACAGUAUCAUUAUUACCAACAAUCACAAUGUGGUAUUUACCUAGCCAUUUAACUAUACCACAGCGGGUAAUUUAUAGACCUAUACAAAUACCACUUACGACCUCGUAUCGAAACUUAGGCAUAAAUUUAGUUGCAGAAUCACAAAUAGAUCAAAAUUUUGCCUUGUUGCGGUCUCUAUCAAUGCCAGAUGGUUUGGCAUCAACAAACGUGUCAGUAGAUACAACCCUUUGGGCUGACAAAAAAGACAAAGAAAUUCAUUAUAAUAAUGGCCAAGACCGCCAAGACUCCAACAAAGUUGUGAUGAGAUCUCAACAACAGAGAGAGACAAAGCCAGAACAUAUUGCUAAACCGAGAACCACUCUAACCGUUGUGGACAAUGAAAGUCUCGAAUCGGAUGUUGAGCUAAUCAAUAGUGAAAAUUUGAUAAAAACUAGAGGACAAAUUCCUUUACAGCGGUUUCAUCUGUUACACACUUCAAAUAUUCCACAUUUAUUAUGGAACGAAAUGAAUGAUCCUCUAAAGGAAUCUGAAUUGCACCACAAAAUCUCUGCACCGAAUGAAGUUGUUGAACCAGUUACACAUGUUGAUGAUUCUAUUAAAAAUAUACAAUAUCAGUCCACAUUAUUGAAAGCUCCGAAAGCAUUUUAUCAAAAGAACAUUUCACCAUUAAAAAAUACUUUGAAUUUCCUAAUGGAACCAACAAUCACAAAACCUCUGCAGCCACAGACGCAACAUCAUUUUGUGUCUGUGCAAAAAAAUACAAAUUAUAAUGGGCAAAUAGAAUCAGAAGACGAUAUUAAAUUUAGUGAUCUACUGCCAGACGACCAUAAAUCAAAAUCACCUGAUACGGGUCUAGAUUUUACCAGAUCAUCGACCAAAGACUUUUUUGUCACAUAUUAA